CCGCCCGGCCCGCGCCGCCCGCUGCCCCGCCCCGCGCCAGCCGCGGGAAAGGUGGCGCGGACCGCGGGAGACGGCCGGGUCGAGCGCGGACAAAGGUCUCCCCGUCCCCUUAGGUGGGGCUUGAGUUAGUUGGAUCUCCCAAGGCCAGGGGGAGGCUUGGAGAGAAUACCAGAUAUUUAGAAGAUGCUUCAUCAACGAGGGCUAUGCUUCCAGAAAGAAGAAGUGAGGCGGAAGCACAUUCGUCUGCACAUGGAAGGUGCACUGACGGCCCGGGACAAGGUCGGAGUGCAGGAUUUUGUGCUGCUGGAUGCUUACACCAGUGAAACUGCUUUUCUGGACAAUCUUCGAAAGCGUUUCAGCGAGAACCUCAUCUAUACAUAUAUUGGAACCCUCCUUGUGUCUGUGAACCCAUACCAGGAGCUCGGAAUCUACACUGUGAGCCAGAUGGAACUUUAUCAAGGGGUCAAUUUCUUUGAACUGCCACCACAUGUCUACGCCAUAGCCGACAACGCUUACCGCAUGAUGUGCUCUGAGCUAAAUAACCACUUCAUCCUCAUUUCCGGAGAGAGUGGGGCAGGGAAAACAGAGGCCUUCAAGAAGAUCCUCCAGUAUUUUGCGGUGACCUGCCCAAUGACCGAGUCCCUUCAGAUAGCCCGUGACAGACUCCUGCUCUCCAAUCCAGUGCUAGAGGCUUUUGGAAAUGCCAAAACACUCCGGAAUGACAACUCCAGCAGAUUUGGAAAAUACAUGGACAUACAGUUUGACUUUAAGGGCGUUCCUGUCGGCGGGCAUAUCAUCAGUUACUUGAUAGAAAAGUCUCGUGUCGUCUAUCAAAAUCAGGGUGAGCGGAAUUUCCACAUCUUCUACCAGCUACUAGAGGGUGGAGAAGAGGAGCUCCUUGCCUACCUGGGACUUGAGCGAGACCACCAGCUGUAUAAAUACCUCUCACAGGGUCAUUGUGCCAAAGAGUCAUCUAUUAAUGACAAGAACGACUGGAAAACUGUUUCCAAUGCCUUUUCUGUCAUCAAUUUUACUGAAGAUGACCUUGAGAAUCUCUUUGGCAUUAUUGCCAGUGUCCUUCACCUGGGGAACAUUUGUUUUGAAGAGAACCAGCAAGGCUGCGCCACCAUACCAGAUACCCACGAGAUCAAAUGGAUUGCCAAGCUCCUAGGGGUCCACCCAUGGGUCCUUCUGGAAGCUCUCACCCAUAGAAAGAUUGAAGCCAAAACAGAGGAGGUGAUAUGCCCGUUGACGCCAGAACUCUCUGCCUAUGCUAGAGACGCAAUGGCCAAGGCUGUUUAUGGACGAACAUUUACUUGGCUGGUCAACAAAAUCAAUUCCUCCUUAGUGAACAAGGAUUUCACUGGGAAAACUGUGAUCGGAUUACUGGAUAUCUAUGGGUUUGAAGUCUUCGACAAGAAUGGUUUUGAACAGUUCUGUAUAAAUUACUGCAAUGAGAAACUCCAGCAACUAUUAAUUGAGAGAACUCUAAAAGCAGAACAGGCGGAGUAUGAAAUGGAAGGUAUAGAGUGGGAACCAAUUCAGUAUUUCAACAACAAGAUCAUUUGUGACUUGGUAGAAGAGAGACACAAAGGAAUCAUUUCUAUUCUGGAUGAAGAAUGUAUUCGUCCUGGACCUGCUACAGACUUGAGUUUCCUGGAGAGACUGGAAGAGAAAGUGGGCAAGCAUGCACACUUCCAAACCAGGAAGCUGGCGGGUCCAAAGAGCCGAAAGAGGAUUGGCUGGAUGGAGUUCCGGCUCUUCCACUACGCAGGAGAGGUCACGUACUGCACCAAGGGAUUUUUGGAAAAAAACAAUGAUCUCCUCUACAGACAUCUGAAAGAAGUGCUCUGCAGGUCCAGAAACAGAAUCCUGAAGGAAUGCUUCCUGGUGGCUGAGUUAGAAAAUCGGAGGAGGCCACCAACCGUGGGGACUCAGUUUAAAAACAGUCUGAGCAGCCUUCUGGAAAUUCUCAUCUCUAAGGAACCUUCAUACAUCCGUUGCAUCAAGCCCAAUGAGAGGAAAGAACCCAACAAGUUCGAUGACUUCCUCGUAAGGCAUCAGGUCAAAUACCUGGGGCUGAUGGAGCACCUGCGGGUGAGACGGGCUGGCUUUGCAUACCGGAGGAAGUACGAGCAUUUCUUGCAGAGGUACAAGUCCUUGUGCCCAGACACCUGGCCACACUGGCACGGGCGUCCAGCAGAGGGCGUAGAGCGGCUUAUCAAAUACAUUGGCUACAAACCCGAGGAGUACAAAUUAGGGAGAACCAAAAUAUUCAUUCGCUUCCCCAGAACACUGUUUGCUACUGAAGAUGCCUUUGAAUUUAGUAAACAUCAAUUAGUUGCACGAAUCCAAGGCACGUACAAAGGCUGCCUAGAAAGGAGAGCGUACCUGAGAAAAAGACAAGCAGCCAUUACACUCGAAGCCCACUGGCGCGGAGCCCUGGCUCGGAAGGAGGCCGAAAAGAGAAAGUGGGCUGUGCAGAUUAUAAGAAAGUUCAUAAAGGGAUUUAUCAAUCGCAACAAGCCCCUCUGCCCUGACAAUGAGGAGUUCAUCGUGUUUGUGCGGAAGAACUACAUCUUGAAUCUUCGGGACCAUGUCCCAAAGAACCUUUUGGAUAAGUGCUGGCUGAAGCCUCCUGGCAUCCUGGCAAAUGCAUCGGAGCUGCUCAGGAAAAUGUGCACCAGGAACCUAGUCCGGAGGUACUGCCGCGGGAUCACAGCCGAGAGGAAAGCCAUGAUGCAGCAAAAGGUGGUUACAAGUGAAAUAUUCAGGGAUAAGAAAGAUGGCUAUGCAGAAAGCUUAAAUCAACCCUUUGCCAACAGCCGAAUAGAUGAAGGAGACAUUAGUCCCAAAGUGCUUCAACUCAUCAGCAGUGAGAAGAUCCAGUAUGGUGUCCCAGUCAUUAAAUAUGACAGGAAAGGCUUCAAGACGCGGCAGCGGCAACUCAUUCUCACUCAGAAGGCAGCUUACGUGGUGGAGCUUGCCAAGAUCAAGCAGAAAAUAGAGUACUCCAUGCUCCAAGGUGUCUCUACCAGCAGCCUCAGAGACGGAAUCUUGGUCCUUCAUGUGUCGCGGGAAGACAAUAAGCACAAGGGGGACGCCGUCUUGUGGUGCGAACACGUAUUUGAGGCAGUGACGAAGCUUGUCAUGCUGGUUCAGAAGGAGAACAUUGUCACCGUGGUCCAGGGGAGUUUACAGUUUUAUAUUAGUCCCGGAAAAGAAGGCACAAUAGUUUUUGACACUGGACCAGGAGAACAAAUCUAUAAAGAUAAAAACGGACACCUAACAGUGGUGAGUGGAUGUUUGGGGGAGAGAGGUGUGAGCAGUUUUAAACUAACUAUCGUUUUUUUUAAUUUUUAUUUUUUUGUCUUAUUAGGGCCGCACCCAUGGCAUAUGAAGGUUCCCAGGCUAGGGGUCUAAUCGGAGCUGUAGCUGCCAGCCUAUGCCACAGCCACAGCAAUGCAGGAUCUGAGCCAAGUCUGCCACCUACACCACAGCUCAGGGCAAUGCCGGAUCCUUCACCCACUGAUCGAGGCCAGAGACUGAACCUGCGACCUCAUGGAUACUAGUCGGGUUCGUUAGGCACUGAGCCACAACGGGAACUCCGAAGCUGUAAAUUAAAAUUCCACCAGCUUCAGCCCUCUGUAGACUGACUGGAAUCACCACCUAGCUUCUCUCCAUCUCUUUCCGAUUCUACAUUGAAAAAUAGGAAUUGGUACUAGAAGUAUAGAGUCAAACACUGUAUAACGAGGGAAACAAUUUACCCACCACAUUUAGUUGUCAGUGAACCAGAAGCUAAGUUCUUCUCAGUUUGAAAUGUCAAAGCCCAACCCUUCCUCAGAUUGCGAAGGCCUGAUUCCCCACGGCUCUCAGGCGAUUCUCCAUGCCAAACUUCAAAAGAUACCAGUGUUGGGAGUUCCCGCUAUGAUACAACACGUUAAGGAUGUGGCAAUGCUGCAGCUAUGGUGUAGGUUGCAGGUGUGGCUCAACUAUGUGAUCCCUGGCCUGGGAAUUUCCAUAUCCUUUGGGUAGGGCAAAAAAAUAAGUAAAUAAAAAUAACAAUGCUGGAAUUCCCUGGUGGCCUAGCAAGGAUCCAGCAUUGUCACUGCUGUGGCGCAGGUCCGAUCCCUGGCCCAGGAACUUGCACAUGCUAUGGGCGCAGCCAAAAAAAAUAAAUAAAUAAAACCAAAGAAAACAGUGUUGGCGUCUCCCCCCAGCAAGAUACCAUGAUGUAAUCAGCUGGGGGAGAGGCCUGAGCUAGGGAGCAGAGGUUUGAGAACCACGCCUAUCCUAAGAAGCCAAGCCUGUGGGCUCAAUGCUUUGUUCUUCCUUGCAACUCUGAUCCAGUUUUGCUGGGAAAACUGAAGGGGCUGAAUCUUAGCAUGUAUUUCUGUACAUACACCAAGUAUUCACAAUUUGCUAUGAACUAAUUAAAAAAUGGUCUAACAACAGAGUGUCUCAUACACAUUUAACUAUGAAACUGUUUAUGGCUAAAUAGUACAUGUAAUUGCCUCUCAACACAGUUAACUCCUUCAGGGACAAGUUAAAAUAUUUAAGCAUGGUAUUUAAAGUAUAAGGGGAUUUUUCAGUUUACAUGCUGCCUUAAGACUUACACCCCAUAUUCCUCUCUGACUGGCUCAGGCCUCAGAGCCCAUUUCUAAAUGUGACUUGUCUCAUGGGAGGUGGGGCAGCAGAUGGUGUGGGUGGCAGGGCUGGCUGCUCGAAGCUUGUCCACAUCCACCUUGACGGCUCAAGUGGUUGGGGUGAUAACUGCUUCCUUCUAAGAUAAGCGAGCUCUAAACCUCAGCAUGUACCUCCCCCAGGUGUCUGUCCGCACAAAGUCCUGAUGGAGGAUGACAUCUGACCUCUCUCAUCGCCACUUUUGCUCUGACAGAGAAAAGCGCCCAAGAAGUGGGAAUUUGGUCCAGUUAGCAACACCUUCAAGCAAAGGUUUCAGCAGCUCAGGCAAAGGAUCGCCUCUGAAGAAACGGAGUGGCAUCUUAUGCCAAAGCCCAACCCCUCAGGAGUCCUGUGACAUUAAAAUGUCCUCUUCAGGGAGCCAACCUCAAGUCACCCAACAGGGUGGUUUUAAAUGUCCCCAAUGGGACGGACACUUGAUAGGCACUUGAACAGAUCAUUAAAGGGUGAGCGAUAGCUGCCCCUGAGGCACAAUGAAGUGUUAUCUCUGGUCUGGGAGCAUAAAGCUGCAGAAUCUGAAUUUUGCUUUAAAUAAAUGGAACUCAAACAUACCUAGUUCCUUCCCAGCUUCAGGUUCCACAUGGUAAGCUGCAGUUCUCCAUACCAAAGAGUCAAUCAGAGGCGAUGCCCGCUGUCUGCUCUUUCAUCAGCCUGGCAGCAUGUCCACCUAAGAUGCCUCUAUGUCUGAAUUCAAACACAGCAGAAAAGUAACUCCUCUUAUCUGCCCUGAGCAACUUUAAGGUGAUAAAGGAGAAGGUGGGAUCUCUGCCUUGCUCUCUUUGCUGUAAACUGCACUUUACUUCUGUGGCUGAACUGUGCUAGAUGUUUCUGAAAACAGCCAGAAAAAGAUUUAAGCAGAAGCAUUAUACAACCUUUAUUUUACACAUGUCCAUCAAUGCUUGUACAACACAGUGACUACUUCUAGUGCUCAGAGUAUUUCUUCCUGUAGCACAAAGAGACAGAAAGGUUAGUGACACACGCGUGUUACAUACAGUGACUCCAGGGGGAGCCCUAAAAGGCACACAUUCCAGAGGGAGAGCUGGGUAGCAGCACAGCCACCAGCCUGCUAAGCCACCACAGGAAGGUGAUGGAGAGACUGUCCUUGGCAGAAGCCCCAGUCACCACCAUCAGAUGACUUUUUGAAAAACCUUGAUUACAAGGGACCCAGAGGUGUUCUGCUUUUUCAAUUGUAAGCUAUUACAACGUAAUAAAACUGUACUCUCAACCAAAUCUCAGGCCAGGGUUUUACUUGGAUGGUUCUUAAAUACCGACUUUUGUUUGCCCUUAGUGCUCACAUAAGAAAUCAGUUCCUGGGAGUUCCCAUCGUGGUUCAGCAAAAACAAAUCUGACUAGUAUCCAUGAGGAUGCGGGUUUGAUCCCUGGCCUCACUCAAUGGGUUAAGGAUCCAGCAUUGCCUUGAGUUGGGGUGUAGGUCACAGACGUGGCUUGGAUCCUGCGUUGCUGUGGUAUAGGCUGGCGGCUGCAGCUCCAAUUCAACCCCUAGCCUGGGAACCUCCAUAGGCCGCAAGUGCGGCCCUCAAAAGCAAAAAAAAAAAAGAUCAAGAAAUCAGUUCCUUGUAGAAUCUGUUUAACAUCAGAGCUUGGAACCAGCCAACACUCUGUCAGCUCAUGGUUACAUGCAGCUAACCAUGGAAUGUAUCGUGUACUUGUUCAGAUCCCAGUAAGCAAAGACUCCAAACUACAAGUGCAGAGUUGGAGAAAAUGCAAAAGUGGAGAGACAGUCAGAAUCAUUAGGUUGUAAGGUGUAGAAGCCCCAACAAAUCAGGUGGUUUCACAAACUCACUCUUCACAUAAACAUCUUAAAAGACAGAACUUACAGGAUGGCUUUUCCAUUCCUACAAAAAACAUCAGAA